CUUCUUCAUUUCAUCUCGAUCAUAUUUUUUCAGUCGGCUCAUUUCAUAUUGCGCUUUUAAGAAGAAGACGAAUACGAAAAAAGCUCUGCCAAUACUUUCUGGAGACUGAGUAUGCGAUGCUAGAAGUCCGAAGAAAUAGUUUGGUACGGCAAAUGGCGUUCAGACAGGAUUCCAACGAUGCCGAGCUGGCAAUCCGUCACGGACACUUGGCUCCGCCAAACUCAAUUCCCGACAGCCCACGACCUCAGAAGCCAACCAAUGAUCAUCCACUCUCCAACACAAAUUGCCUUUCAGUUGAUGUUCCAACCACAAAAAAUAAUCAACAAUCAGCACCCACCAAAGAGAAACCUGCCGACAAAGAUCAAAAGUGAUAUUUUUCCAAAUUUUUCUAUUCUUCUUCCGAUGACCUGACGAGUUCAAAUUUGUUUCCCCGUAAGAAAUAUCAGUAGCUGAUUGAUUCCAGCAAACAUUUUAAUAUUAUAUAAAAGGCUUUCUUGUGACUAUUUUGCUCCCAGAUGUUUUUUGCCAUAAAGUCACUGGAAAACCUUUUUCAACCGCAUUCUCCAUUCCUCCCCGAUCCCUCAUUGUAUUAUAAAAAUUUCAACAAAAAAUUACAACUUUAUUGCCCUCCAUGGCAGUUUUUUCUUGCUUCAAUUUUCAAAGAAUUGAAAAAUGUAAAGUACAUGAAUUUAUUUAUAUAAACGUAAUAAACAAGAUAUUAUGCCA